CAAUUUACAGUAUUUGAAGAAUUUUAACCGAAACGAACGAUAACGACAUUGAUUGACUUUUCUUCAUGCGAUCCGGCAGCAAAUUUCUUUGAAAAAAAAUUUUUUCAGAAUUUAUUAAUUUUUGUCUUCCGGUUGUUGUUCAGCUCUCAUCACAUCAUCUGCAAACCAAAAAUUGAAAAAAAAACCAAACAAACGAAAAACUGAUUUGGAUUGUCAUCAUCCUUUGGGGGGGAUAUUGUCAUUCAAUCAAUCAAUCAAACUUUAAAAAAAAAAUUUGUUCGCGCUCUCGAUGCAGCAACAAAAUUCACAAAUAAUCGAACUUAAGGAUAGAUUGGUACAAGCUCUCGACGAACAAUCAAAUGUUAAAGAUAUCAAUGAAGUUAAUCGAAUUAUAUCCAUACUUGAACGAACACAUGUUACACGGGAUGAUUUGGAGAAAACUAGAUUGGGUAAAUAUAUCAAUGAUUUACGUAGAAAAACAACCGAUAAAGAAUUGGCUAAAAGAGCUAAAAAAUUAAUAAAAACAUGGCGUGAUUUAGCUGUUGGCGGUGGUGGUAAUAAUCAUUCAUCAUCCACAUCCACAUCCGCAUCAUCAAAUAAUAUUUCAACAUUGACCAGUCCAUUUAAUUUGAAUAAUUCCAUAAUUAGUCCACGUGGUUCUAUAAAUAAAUCAUAUUAUGAUUCAAAAUUAACCCCACCGCCUGGUAGUAGUCAACAUCCAGCUUUAUUACGGGUUAAAACUCAACAUAAUGUAUCAUCAUUUAAUUCAUCGAAUGAAAAAUCAAAACCUUAUGGACAACGGUCAUCAUUAUCGCCAAUAGUUUCACCCAAUAAUAAUCAUAAUAGAUUAUUAAAUGUUUCACAAAUUGCUAGUCCAAAAAAUGCUACGGAAUCGAUGACGAUCAAUGGCCGAAAUAAAAGUCCAUCGUUGAAGAAUAAUCAACAACAACAGCUGCAAAUUAAACGAACAAUUUUAACACCACCACCAUUUACGAAUGGUGUUUGUAGUCCAAAUUUACAGAAUUUUAAAAAUAUUUUUACAAAAGAAACAACAGUAUCGCCUAAUAAUGAAUAUCGUCGUCGAACUACACCACCAACACCCAAUGUUCUUGCUGCUGCUGCUGGUGGUAGUGCAAGUCUUGAUUGUAGUCCAAAUGAUUCUUUAGAUUCAUUCGGAACUGCGAAUAAUAAUCAUAAAAAUUUAGAUAUUCAUGAUGGUGAUAGUAAUUCAUCACAAUUAUCAAAUCUAAGUAAUGAUUGUUCGAAUAAUAAAUGGGAUGAUGGUUCCAGUUCAAAACGAUCAUAUCGUAAACGAAAAUUGGAAGAAAGUGAAAAUGAUUCAUUACGUGAAAAUAUUAAUUAUGUUAUGAGUUAUGGUGGCCGUCGACCACAAUCAACACAAGAAUUGAUUGAAAAAUUGAAUGUAAAUUUAUCGCCAAAAAUCCUGCUGAAUAAACAUAAUGAUUUGAAAACCACAUCAUUUUCGGCAUCAUCUUCACCGUGUAUAUCACAACAACAACCACCACCAUUGACCAAAGAUUCUAGUUUAGAUUUUAGAAAAACUAAUCAUCAUAAUCAUCAUCAUCUAAAUGGUUAUCAUAAAAAACGUAAUGGUUUUCAUUCGGAAGAUAAUUCAUUAGAUGGUUUUGAUAAUGUUAUUUUGAAUAAAAAAUUGGCACAAGUUCGUCGUUUACGUCAUAUCGAUAAUGAUGAUGUUGUUGAUAAUAUCCGUGAGAAUUCAAUCUCACCGGAUUCAUCCAAAUUCUGUGAUUCAUAUGCGGGUGAUGAAGAAGAAGAAGAUGAUGAUGAUGAUGAAUAUUAUGAAGAUUCGAAUGAAGAUGAUGAUGACGAUGACGAAGAAGUCGAUGGUAAUAAUCGAUCUAAAUCGAAAAAAUCAUCACAUAAUUCGAAUACCACAUUAUCAUCAUCAAAAUGUCGACAAUUUGAUCGACUAUUUAAUCAUGCACAAAAAAUUGAUCAAGAAAUUCAGGAUAUUUAUUCAAAAUUACCGAAAGUUAAUCCUGAUGAUUUUGAAUUGAUGCAAAAAUUUUGUUUUGAUAAUGAUGAUGAUGAUGACAAAAACAACAAUAUCAUUGCCGAUGAAAAUGAGCAACAACAACAACAACAACAACAGCAGCAACCAACAAAUGAAUCAGAAUUUAUCGAAGAAUAUGAAAUUGAUGAAAAUAGUAAACAUAUUUCAUCAUCUUUAGAUAAUAAUGAUAACGAAACGAGCUUUCAAUAUCAAAUAACAACCAAUUCAAAAUGUGAUAUUUCUAAAUGUGAUAAUAACGAUAUUAUCGUUGAUGAAGAGCGAUCUUUGAACGAUGAUCAUGAUGAUGGUGGUGGUGAUGGUAAUGAUGGUAAACAAUCAUCACCACCAUUAUCAUCAUUUGACCAGCAAGAAAAUAGUAUUAAUUUAAUCAAUAAUAAUGAAGAUGGUGAAUCAACAAAAAAACUGGUCAAAUUGAUCAUACGGAAAAGGCGACGAAAACAAACACGGCAAUCAAAUUCGAAUGAUAAUAAUGAUGAUAAUGAUAAUGACCAACAAAAACGAUUGACAACAUUGAUUGAUCGUUUAGAAAAUGAACAAUGGGAAGGUAUUAAUGGAAAUUAUGAUAAAGAUGGUGUUUGGCAUGAUUUUAGUGAAAUGACAUCAUCCUAUGUAAUGACUGGUGGUAAUAAUAUUAAUGAAAAUUGUCCGAUAACGGAAGAAAAUGUAUUGCAUAUUUUGCCUUAUGUCAAUUGUACAUGGUGAUAAUAUUUUAAAACUGAAAAAAAAAUUUUCACAUCCACCCAGAUAUUAAUUAAUU